AUGUUGUACUUAACUUCAACCCCCAAGUCCAUAGGGGCAUUAUUGGUCCAAGAUGUAGAUGGAGCAGAAUGCCCGGUGUAUUACAUCAGCCGGAAGAUUCAAGGAGCAGAAGUCCGAUAUACUCCGAUAGAGAGACAUUGCUUAGCUCUGGUAUUCACCCCCCAAAAGCUCAGGCAUUACUUAUUAGCACAUCAGAUUCGGAUUGUUACUAAAAGUGAUCCAAUCCGAUACCUCCUCAGCAAGCCUGCUCUAACCGGGAAGGUGGCAAGAUGGUUGUUAGCACUGGGUGAAUUCGAGAUCACAUGUUUAGCCCCCAAGGCGAUCAAAAGCCAAGCCUUAGCUGACCUCCUUGCUCAAUUUCCAAGUGGUGACUAUGAACCAGUGAAUAAAGAAGUAAGAGGAGAGGUGCAUACAGCUAUGGCUUCCGAGGAAAGCUUUUGGACAUUGAGCUUUGACGCAGCAGCAGCCGGAGCCGAGUAUGAGGCUCUUACGUUAGGCCUGAUAGCAGCUGAGAAGCACAGUAUCAAGAAGAUUCAGAUUCGGGGGGACUCAAAGUUGAUAGCGAAGCAAGUUUCAAGACAGUUCGUCUUAAAGGAGCCUGUCUUGGCCACAUAUCGAACAAUAGUCCAAAGGCUUCUUGACAAAUUUCAGAAGGUCGAAAUAGAGCAUGUGCCUCGUUCCGGCAACAAGUUUUCAGAUGCCCUCGCUACAUUAUGGGCAAGAGUUGAUAUCUCAGAGGAGGAGGCGACAAUUAUUAUCAAGAAGAGAACAGAGCCUUCGAUAAUACCUGAAGACAAAAGCCUUCCGGAGGGUUGGAGAGGAGUAGUCCUCGAACAACUCAUAAGCAAAGUUGGAAAAUUAACUAUGGCCAAGCUUGCCCAAUUCAUAAUUAUUCAAGGUGAACUUUACUUCCGAGGAGGUACCGGAUUCCUAGCCCGGUGUGUUGGCCAACAAGAAGCAAGUUUCCGACUACAACAGAUCCAUGAAAGGUCUUACGGGGAUGGGGAUAUCAGUUUGUAUAGAAAGAUCCAAAGACAUGGCUAUGAUAGUGUAUGA